CUCGAGGCCACCACCUCAGGGAUGGACAAGUAUUAACACAUACGGGUCAGUAGUUCACUCUCCUUCUUGCACGAUAGCAGGCAGAGUCAUGAGGGGAGACGAUGACCGCUUCACUUUUCUUAGUGAACCUUGGGGGGUUCCAUCCCCGUGCAAAGCUGGCUGGAGUUGUACAGACAGACUCGCAGACGGCUAUUCAGUGAUCUAGUUGGCACCAUCUGCUCAUCCACACUAAGUGCUGAUCGCCGAGGUUCAUUGGCUAUUGCCGCAACCUUGCCAAGUUCACCUCAAGCAUGUCUAUAGAGAGGCUAAUUUUGUAGUCGACUUCUUAGCUUCGUUAAGGCACCCUUUGACUUGAGGAGAACACAUUAUUUCUCAACCGAGUCCUACUUUGAGCUACUAGUUGUAUCUUGAAAUUACCAGGGUAAAAACUAAUGCAUAAAGGUUGAGUGCCCCUUCAUCGAAAAAAGGUAACUUUUUUUUACAAACUAAAGGGUAUUUAUUAAUUAUUUUGAUAAAGUGGUAUUUUUUAAAUACGAGAUUUAUAAAAAUGGGUUUAUUUAAUUUUUGAUUUGACACCUAAUUUCCCCUCCAAUUUUCUACCUUUUGCUUAGUUUGUCCGAUACCUUACUCCCUCUGCAAAUUAUCGCCUUCCUCUCUCCCUCUCUCUCUCUCUCCCUCUCAAUUAGCUCCAGCUCAGGUGGAGGAGGUGCCAUGGAGUCUUUCCCUCCUUCAAUCCUUCUCUAGGGUUUCUCUUCCUGGCGCUCUUUAGCCUUUUUCGUUCUUAUUUGAACGUUGGGAAUUAUUUUUUGUUGCUCCACGUGAAACUGCAACGGGAAUUGAGAGAGAUAUGUUAAGAAAUUCUUCGGGCUGCAUUGGGGAAGAUUCUUGUUAGGGUUUGUUGCUCUUCUGCUUCUGUAGCUAUUGGGGUUUGAAUUCAGUCGAACGUUCGCUUUGGGAAUGCCUGCCCACAGAUCGAAAUCGGAGAAGGAGGAUGCCGGGAAGCAGCUCCGGCGGGACCCUUACGAGGUCCUCGGCGUCUCGAGGAACUCUUCCGACCAAGAAAUAAAGAGUGCCUACCGUAAAAUGGCUCUCAAGUACCAUCCAGAUAAGAAUGCAAACGAUCCAAAAGCAGCUGAUAUGUUCAAUGAAGUUACAUUUUCAUACAGCAUACUGUCUGAUCCCGACAAAAGACGUCAAUUUGACAAUGCUGGUUUUGAGGCUGUUGAGGCAGAAAAUCAAGAUCUGGAACUGGAUCUCUCAAGUUUAGGAGCUGUGAACACUAUGUUUGCUGCAUUAUUUAGUAAACUUGGCGUGCCCAUUAAGACAACAGUAUCUGCCACCGUAUUGGAGGAAGCACUUAAUGGAGUGGUUCCCAUUUACCCACUUGAACUCGGGCGCCCAAUUUCUCGCAAGGUUGAGAAGCAAAGUGCUCACUUCUAUUCUGUCACAAUCUCAGAGGAGGAAGCAAAAGCUGGUUUCGUUUGCCGAGUGCAAUCAACAGAAAAAAGCAAGUUCAAGUUAUUGUAUUUUGAUCAGGAAGAAAACCGUGGAUUGAGCCUUGCUUUACAGGAGGAAUGCACUAAAACAGGAAAAGUCACAUCUGCCGGAAUGUAUUUCCUUGGGUUUCCUACUUAUCGGUUGGAUCAAACAGUGAACUCGCUUGCGGCUGCCAAGGAUGCUGAUGCUGCUUUCUUUAAGAGGCUAGACGGUUUUCAACCGUGCGAAAUCAAUGAAUUGAAGGCUGGAACCCAUGUUUUUGCCGUCUAUGGUGACAAUUUUUUCAAAAAUGUAAAUUAUACAGUAGAAGCUGUUUGUGCUGCACCUUUCGGGGAAGAAAAGCAGAAUCUUAGAACUGUUGAAGCUGAAAUUCUUGAAAAGAGGACAGAAGUAUCAAAGUUUGAAUCUGAAUACCGUGAGGUGUUGGCGCAAUUCACAGAAAUGACAAGUAGGUAUGCACAGGAGAUGCAAGAGAUUGACGAGCUGCUAAAACAAAGGAAUGAAAUUCAUGCAGCCUACACAGUGGCACCACCAAUGAAGCGGAGUAUGAGUAAAAGUAGGAGCAAGGGUUCCUUCAAGGAGACCCAUGAAGUCGGACAAGCAAAAGAUAAGAAAUCUUCAACAAAAGAUAGACAAAAGAAAAAGAAAUGGUUCAAUAUCCACUUAAAAGUAGACAAAAGAAAGAGUUGCUAAUCCAUGUAAGGACCACAACAACUUGCCCUUCUUCCUCCCAAGUAUGUUUCAGGAACUAUGGUUCCUAAUCUUCGAUUCGUCACUGCAGAAUAAUUCCGAAGGCCGAAUCAGAUACGCAUUAGUUAUUUCUACUCCGACCAUAAGCGGUUGCUUUAUGAUUCGGCUCUGCUAGUUUUUUCCUACGGCUAUAAUCCGUUGCUGAAUGAUUCCUACUAGACUUUGUCAUGGCUAAUGAUGAAGUGUGAACGACGGUGUUGGCUUGUGUAAAUUUGCUAAGUCAACAGUUCAAUGUUAUUGUAAAAUGUAAUUUUUUUUGGUGGGGAGUUUCCCCUUUCCUAGGCUUUUUCUGUUCUCUCUUCUUCCUGGUGAUUGUAAGAACCA